CAGACACAGUGGACCGAAAACCGACAGUCCGAUAAUUUGUCUUCUUGUUGGGAAUAGCUUUGCUGUGGAUCGAAAAAAAAAAAACGGACAGUUUAUGAACAUGCCGUUUUGAUGGAUAAGAUGCAAAAUAGAAGCAUUGGAGACAUACGUACUCUCUGAAUUGCCAAAUUUCCCACUGCCAAUAGAGGAAUGGAAGUAAUGGAAUCUCUUGAAACUGAUGGAGAUGCUCCUGAAAAAAAGACAUUAUCUGGAGGAGUGAAAUUACCUGAAACUGAACCUGCAGACCAGUCUGAGGAUUCUGAGCUUGAGGACCAAUUCAUACAAGAAAAAGAGCGUGAAAACUUGAAUAUCAUUGUAAAGGAGGAGGAAGAGGAAUGGGAACUGGGGUUAACAAACGAGGAACACAGCCCCUCUCAGCUGGAAGAGAGUGGGUCAGGUGGAGAUGUAGACGCCUUGCCCUCAUCAGCCAUAGCAGCUCUGGGUCCCAAGCGACAAAGCACUAGACACAGAAAAGAGAAGCCGCUGCAGACGUGUGCCGAAUGUGGCAAGUGUUUCAAGUUCAAGUGUCUCCUCAAGCAGCAUCGGCGAAUUCACACGGGUGAGAAGCCUUACUCUUGCAAGGAAUGUGGUCGAAAUUUUGGGAACCUAACCAGUCUCCGGAUGCAUUGGCUAGAUCAUAAAGGAGAGAAGCCAUUCCUUUGUCAGCAGUGUGGAAAGUCCUACAAACAGCGGUCUCACUUGCUGGACCACCAGCGCGUUCACACGGGAGAAAAACCAUAUCACUGUAAUGAUUGCGGGAAGACAUUCAGAAGGCAGCAGUACUUGAAACGCCACCAGCACACACAUACAGGUCUGAAACCGUACUCCUGCAAAGUGUGCUCCAAGACUUUUGGCUGGAUGGAGAGCAUGAUCAAGCACUUACAAUCUCAUUCGGGGAAAAAACCCUUCCAGUGCAGUCAGUGCGGGAACAAGUUCACAGAAAAGCGGAACUUGCGGACCCAUCUGCUCCUGCACACAGGAGAGAAACCCCACAUUUGCAGCUUUUGCGGAAAGAAGUUUAGCGUGGUCAGCCACCUCCGCAGACAUGAGAACAUCCACAAGGGUGAGAAGCCCUAUCAGUGUGAUGUGUGCGAGAGGAGCUUCAAUCAGCUCGGCAACCUAAAGGCCCACAAAAGAGUUCACACUGGGGAAAAGCCAUUCCAGUGUGACCACUGUGAGAAGAGCUUCACUCACAGGGUUAGCUUGAAGAACCACCAAAAGUACCACUCAGCAGAUAAGCCCUAGUGCUGCUACACUUACGGAAAAGAGUUUGGCUGGGAGGACUUGUA